AUGUUAUGUAUCGCAGACCGCUGCACUCCUGUAAAGUAUCAUUUCUCCCAGCCAAUCAGAUUGAGGAACAUCCCCUUGAACCUGACCAGGACCAUCCAACAGGACGAGUGGCACCUGCUGCACCUGCGGCGCAUCACGGCGGGCUUCCUGGGCAUGGCGGCGGCGGUGUUGCUGUGUGGGAGCAUCGUGGCGUCGGUGGGAUUCUUCUGGGAGGAGAGUCUGACACAGCACGUCUCCGGACUGCUCUUCCUCAUGGCAGGGAUCUUCUGCACCAUCUCUCUGUGUACAUAUGCAGCCAGUGUGACCUAUGACCUCUCCAGGACCCCGCCUUUCAUCUACGGACUUCCUUCUGACGUUGAUCACGGGUACGGCUGGUCGAUCUGCUGCGCCUGGGCCAGUUUGGGUCUGACGGUGGCCGCCGGCUGCCUCGGGACCACCUUCCCUUUCCUGAGCCGGGCCGGAGGGCUGAGGUCCAAGACGGCCCGCGAGUCGUCUGUCUGAGCUGUCAAUCAAACGGAGGGGGAGGAUCCAGAGUAACCUCGGACAUGUUUGUUACCUUGGCUGCACCUGGUUUACUGACCUGGAUCUAGACUGGCUGGAGGAGGGGCUUCAGCCUCCAGGUGGAGGUGGGGCUUCAGCCUCCAGGUGGAGGAGGGGCUUCAGCCUCCAGGUGGAGGCGGGGCUUCAGCCUCUAGGUGGAGCUGUUUGCAAAAGAAUCACACUUUUAAUCUGAAGCAAAGUGUUUGUGACAGCACAGCACCCCCUGCUGACUGUUUAUGAUGUGGACAUUAAUGUUACAACACACACAGACACACACACACACACACACACACACACACACACACACACACACACACACACACUAAUCAGUCGAGUGUGAGUCAGACUGAGACCAAUCAGGUCCUCAUCUCUUAUUAUUUACAAACUAUUGAUGUUACAGCUUAACAGCUGAGUGAUGUCACAGUGAUGUCACAGUGAUGUCACAGUGAUGUCACAGUGAUGUCAGGGAGAGGAGAUCUGACUGACACGAACAGGUCGAGGUGAGGUCAGUGUGAAGAGGUCAGGGUGAGGAGGUAGAGAGGUCAGGGUGAGGAGGUAGAGAGGUCAGG